GUAAGGGGAUUCUUAGAAGGACUCAGGCUCUGCCUCCUGAAUCCAAGAGCGCAUGGUCGUUGCGCAACGCUAGAUCAGAACAGAGAACGCCACCCGCUGCGUGUUCUUGGCUUCUAUAGCGCCUCAGUGGUGCGGCGGCCUGCGCCUGUGCUUGAUUGCAGCUCCCAUUCCUCUCAUGAAACGGCUGGGAAUUUUGGAUGGCUUCUGGCGCAUAUGACGAGGCUGGUGGAGCCUCGGCCAUGCGAUGUGCAAAGGGACUUGACAGCAAGCAUGUCGCUUCCCGCUCAUCCCAAUUUUCAUCGCAGAGCCAGGAGAGCACAACAGUCGGCCAUGCCGUUGGACUCGGGGGACCAGACUCGGGAGACAGCAGAGCAUCAACCAGGCAUGGUAUUCGACGACAAACGAGAUGUUUGUGAUCCUUGA